UUUGGCAUCAUGAGAAGCAUGAAGGAACAAGGUAAAGGUAAAGGUAGAGGUAAAGGGCAUUCUUCAUUGCGUCAUGCAAUGCCGCAAAGGUCUACUAGAACAUCAGCUGCAUUGGUUCCCAUUAUUCAAUCAUCUAAUGAGGCACCUACUUUAACUCCUGAAGUGCAAUAAAUUUGCCUACUGUUUCUGAUCAUAGCCCUACCCCUUCUAACCCUAUUUGUGGUGGACUUUUGAUGGGUGAAAAUGAUGGAUCUACUAAAUCUAGUAGUAGAGGGCCUAGCGUGGGACUACCCUACCCUCUAAAUCCAAAUGAUAGAGUGCAUUUGACACCAAUAAUGUACUUAUAUGAUGCAUUAUGUGUUAGUGUUUUUGUUGAGAAGGGGGUUGCAACGACAGUUACUUGCAUUAUAAAAAAACAUUUCAAAGGUCUUUGGCCAAUAUGGAGAAAAGUUCCUAGUGAUGUUAAAGAACUAAUGUGGAAGACAUUUCAGGAGUAUUGUAAAUGGAACCUUGAACAUAACUGCAAAAUCAAAAAUGUGUUUGAUAAGACUGGGAAAACACGAUUAAGGGAUAUGCUGGUGGAUGAGAGGAUGAAGGCAAUGAAAGAAGUUGGUGCUACUAACAUUAAAGAAUGCAAACGAAUGGAAAGGGAGUGGAUCACAAAGGAUGUGUGGGAUGCCCUCAUUGAUAAUGAAUGUGGAACAGAUGCAUGGCAAUCCAAAUCAGGAAAAGCAAAGGCAAACUGCUUAACAGAGAAAGAAGGAAGUAUUACAAAGCACACGGGCGGUUCACGACCUUUUGCUGUUCAUGGUAUCAAGUUGGAAAAGUAUAAUGCUUCAUUGAUCGACAAAUAUGGUGAUGAUAUCUCUUCCCAUCCAAGUUUCGAUGCUCAGUCAUGGUAUGAUGCAAUUGGGGGAUUGAAAGCUACACGCACAAGUGUAUAUGGUUUUGGGAGUAGGAUAGACUCAAGACAGUUGUUUAGUGGGGCAUCUACAUGUCCUUCCACAUCUGAUUCAGCAUGUGGACCUUCAACCUAUCAACCUUUUGCAACGAAUGAAUCUAUGCUACAAACCCUAGCAACUUGUGGAGAAAGUUGA